AGAGGCGUUCAAGAUGGCGUUGGACGGAAUUGACCAUAUGGACGUUGAGGAUAGUAAAGGAGGCUCAGGUCUCCGUCAGUAUUACCUGUCCAAGAUUGAAGAGCUACAGCUGACAGUGAAUGACAAGAGUCAGAAUCUCAGACGUCUGCAAGCACAGAGAAAUGAGCUCAACGCUAAAGUGCGUCUCCUGCGUGAGGAGCUGCAGUUGCUGCAGGAGCAGGGCUCCUAUGUGGGAGAGGUGGUGAGGGCCAUGGACAAGAAGAAGGUCUUGGUUAAGGUGCAUCCUGAGGGGAAAUUUGUCGUUGACGUAGACAAGAACAUUGACAUCAAUGACGUGACUCCAAAUUGUCGUGUAGCGCUGCGUAACGACAGCUACACACUUCAUAAGAUCCUGCCCAAUAAGGUGGACCCCUUGGUCUCAUUGAUGAUGGUAGAGAAAGUUCCCGAUUCCACUUAUGAGAUGAUUGGUGGGCUGGAUAAGCAGAUCAAAGAGAUUAAAGAAGUGAUUGAGCUGCCAGUCAAGCACCCUGAGCUCUUUGAGGCUCUCGGCAUUGCACAGCCUAAGGGUGUGCUGUUAUAUGGGCCCCCUGGCACAGGGAAGACACUGCUGGCCAGAGCCGUGGCUCACCACACAGACUGCACCUUCAUCAGGGUGUCUGGCUCUGAACUGGUGCAGAAAUUCAUUGGAGAGGGAGCGCGUAUGGUGCGAGAGCUUUUCGUUAUGGCCAGAGAGCACGCUCCCUCUAUCAUUUUCAUGGAUGAGAUUGACUCCAUCGGCUCAUCCCGUCUGGAGGGUGGCUCAGGGGGUGACAGUGAGGUACAGAGGACCAUGCUGGAGCUCCUCAACCAAUUGGAUGGCUUUGAAGCUACCAAAAACAUCAAGGUCAUCAUGGCCACCAACCGGAUUGACAUCCUCGACUCUGCUCUGCUCAGACCUGGUCGCAUCGACAGAAAGAUCGAGUUUCCCCCUCCCAAUGAGGAGGCCCGUCUGGACAUUCUGAAGAUUCACUCUCGUAAGAUGAAUCUGACGCGUGGCAUUAACCUACGCAAGAUCGCCGAGCUAAUGCCGGGAGCCUCAGGCGCAGAGGUCAAGGGGGUUUGCACAGAGGCUGGCAUGUACGCUCUGCGAGAGAGAAGAGUACACGUAACCCAAGAGGAUUUUGAGAUGGCUGUUGCCAAGGUGAUGCAGAAAGACAGUGAAAAGAACAUGUCCAUCAAAAAGCUCUGGAAGUGAAUCUUCGGGCUGUCUGUCAAGGGCUUUGCUCUUUCAUUCUGUAUACUACUUUUCUCCGUUUCCUCUGACCUGGUUUAUAAUUGUUACCUAUACUCAUUCUAAAUAAAUAGAGUGUCAAAUUAAAAAUUA